GGAGCUGCAUGGGGGAGCGCGGGCCGCGCUCGGGAAGAUGCCCCGACCGGAGCUGCCCCUGCCGGAGGGCUGGGAGGAGGCGCGCGACUUCGACGGCAAGGUGUACUACAUAGACCACACGAGCCGCACCACCAGCUGGAUCGACCCGCGGGACAGGUAUACCAAACCGCUCACCUUUGCCGACUGCAUCAGCGACGAGCUGCCGCUGGGAUGGGAAGAAGCCUAUGACCCACAGGUUGGGGACUACUUCAUUGACCACAACACCAUGGUCUCUGGUUCGUCUUCCAGUUCUAAGUAUGACCCUGAGAUCCUGAAAGCUGAAAUUGCCACUGCAAAAUCUCGGGUCAACAAGCUGAAGAGAGAGAUGGUUCACCUGCAGCAGGAGCUACAGUUCAAGGAGCGUGGCUUCCAGACCUUGCAGAAAAUCGACAAGAAAAUGUCCAGCGCUCAGGGCAGCUUCAGACUGGAUGAAGCUCAGGCCGUCUUGAGAGAAACAAAAGCCAUCAAAAAGGCCAUCACCUGUGGAGAGAAAGAGAAGCAAGAUCUCAUUAAGAGCCUCGCCAUGCUGAAGGACGGCUUCCACACUGACAGAGGAUCCCACUCGGACCUGUGGUCCAGUAGCAGCUCUCUGGAAAGUUCUGGCUUCCCACUGCAGAAGCAGUACCUGGACGUGAGCUCACAGACGGACAUCUCGGGGAAUUUUGGCACCAGCAGCAACAAUCAGUUGGCAGAGAAGGUCAGAUUGCGCCUUCGAUAUGAAGAAGCUAAGAGAAGGAUCUCCAACCUGAAGAUCCAGUUGGCCAAGCUUGACAGUGAGGCCUGGCCUGGAGUGCUGGACUCGGAGAGGGACCGCCUGAUCCUCAUCAAUGAGAAGGAGGAGCUGCUGAAGGAGAUGCGCUUUAUCAGCCCCCGGAAGUGGACCCAGGGGGAGGUAGAGCAGUUGGAGAUGGCCCGGAAGAGACUGGAGAAAGACCUGCAGGCAGCACGGGACACCCAGAGCAAGGCACUGACAGAGAGAUUAAGACUGAAAAUGAAAUAUGGAAAGCUAGUUAUAAAAAUGGAAUAUUCUCAGGGGUGUGUCUUGAGGGCCGCUUCUCCCACCUGCAGCCUCUCCAGCAGCAUGCAGUCCCUGUCCUCGGGCAGCAGCCCUGGCUCCCUCGCGUCCAGCCGCGGCUCCCUGGCCGCCUCCAGCCUGGACUCCUCAGCCUCAGCCAGCUUCACCGACCUCUACUACGACCCCUUCGAGCCGCUGGACUCGGAGCUGCAGAACAAGGUGGAGCUCCUCCUGGAGGGCACCACGGGCUUCCGGCCCUCCGGUUGCAUCACCACCAUCCACGAGGACGAAGUGGCCAAGACCCAGAAGGUGGAGGCGUGUGGCCGCCUGCAGGCCCUGCGCUCCCUGUCUGGCACCCCCAAGUCCAUGACCUCCCUGUCCCCCCGCUCCUCCCUGUCCUCCCCUUCCCCACCCUGCUCCCCUCUCAUCGCUGACACCCUCCUGGCUGGAGACGCCUUCCUGAGCUCGCUGGAGUUUGAAGACCCCGAGUUGAGUGCCACCCUUUGUGAACUGAGCCUUGGCAGUGGCACCGGGGAGAGAUACCGGCUGGAGGAGCCGGGAACCGACAGCAAACAGCUGGGCCAAGCUGUGACUACCACUCCAGGGUGUGGCCUCAGAGUGGCCGGUGUCUCCGCUGCAGUGUCAGACGAGUCCGUGGCCGGGGACAGUGGUGUGUACGAGGCUUCUGUGCAGAGACUGGGCGCUUCAGAGGCCACGGCUUUCUUCGACAGCGAUGAAUCGGAAGCAGUGGGCACGGCUCGAGUUCAGAUGGCCCUGAAGUACGACGAGAAGAACAAGCAGUUUGCGAUCCUGGUCGUCCAGCUGAGUAACCUCUCUGCUCUCCUGCUGCAGCCAGACCAGAGAGUAAACAUCCGCGUGGCUAUCCUUCCUUGCUCCGAAAGCACCAUCUGCCUGUUCCGGACCCGGCCCCUGGACGCCGCAGACACGCUCGUGUUUAAUGAGGUGUUCUGGGUGUCCGUGUCCUAUCCGGCCCUUCACCAGAAGACCUUGAGAGUGGAUGUCUGCACCACAGACAGGAGCCAUCCAGAGGAAUGCCUGGGGGGUGCUCAGAUCAGCCUGGCUGAGGUCUGCCGGUCUGGAGAGAGAUCAACUCGCUGGUACAACCUCCUGAGCUACAAAUACUUGAAGAAACAAAGCCGAGAGCCUCAGGCAGUGGGAACCAGCGGACCUUCCCCAGACCCCAAAAGCACGGACGCUGUGUCUGCUCUGCUGGAACAGACGGCGGUGGAGCUGGAGAAGAGGCAGGAGGAGAGGAGCAGUACACGGACCCUGGAGGACAGCUGGCCGUAUGAUGAGGAGGCCAGCGAGCAGGAGGCAGUGCCAGCCGAAGAGGAGGAGGAGGAGGAGGAGGAUGUGUUCAUGGAGAAGACCUCACUGGAUGAGCACUCGGAGACUUUAAAGGUGGACAAAGAGACCAACACAGAGACCCCAACUCCCUCCCCCACUGUCGUGCGGCCCAAGGACCGGCGGAUGGUGGGCACCCCAUCAUCAGGGCCAUUUCUGCGAGGGAACACCAUCAUCCGCUCCAAGACCUUCUCCCCUGGACCCCAGAGCCAGUACGUCUGCCGGCUGAACCGGAGCGAUAGUGACAGCUCCACUCUGUCCAAAAAACCACCUUUCGUCCGAAACUCCCUGGAGCGCCGCAGCGUCCGGAUGAAACGGCCUUCCUCGGUCAGAUCCCUACGUGCCGAGCGUCUGAUCCGCACCUCACUGGACCUCGAACUGGACCUGCAGGCCACGCGGACAUGGCACAGCCAACUGACUCAGGAGAUCUCGGUGCUGAAGGAGCUCAAGGGGCAGCUGGAACAAGCCAAGAGCCACGGGGAGAAGGAGCUGCCGCAGGGGCUGCGGGAGGAUGAGCGCUUCCGCCUGCUGCUAAGGAUGCUGGAGAAGCGGAUGGACCGAGCCGAGCACAAGGGUGAGCUGCACACAGACAAAAUGAUGAGGGCGGCGGCCAAGGAUGUCCACAGGCUUCGAGGCCAAAGCUGUAAGGAGCCCCCAGAAGUGCAGUCUUUUAGGGAGAAGAUCGCCUUCUUCACCCGGCCUCGAGUGAACAUCCCAACCCUCUCUGCGGACGACGUCUGAUCGCCAGAAAAGUAUUCCCUUUGUCCCUGGUCCCUCGGUGAACACCCACCUGCCUGUGACUCGCGUUAUUGAUGUGCUGUUAGAUGAAGGGGCGGAGUCACCAGUCGAACGGUUGAUUUCUUUUUCUUUUUUUAGUCUGGGUCCGUUUGUUAUUACUGAAAAAACACACAAACAAAACCACAAACCAGCAUUAAAAUGACCAGAUUGUAUAGUUUGUAUAUUUAGGAAUGUAUUUUUGGGAAAGAAGAUUUAAAUGAGCUAAAGCAGUGUUCACUUGCUGCUCUUCUUAAAAUGGUUUAGGUUUGUUUUUUCUUUUCUUUGUACAGCUCUACCUUUUAGAGGUUUUACUGCAAUAAGUAUGUGUGGGGGGAGCUGUUCCUAAGCAGGCUGUCCUGCCAAUGCCACAGCUCAGCUGACCUUUUCCUGGUUAACACGUUUUGUACAAUAUCACAAAAGGAACGGGUAGGGACUCUCGGGGACUCGGAGGUGCUUCCAUGUUUGUGCUUGGCCGCCUGCCUCAGAGCAAGCAGGCCGGCAGCAGCGCAGGCCGAGCCCCGACCCGCACCCACGCCGGCCCGAUGCCCAGUGAAACCACGGCAGUGAGGGGAGGGCUGUGGAGAACUCCAAGCAGUUUUCAUCAAUAAAGUGGCCUUUCUGAAAGAG